AUGAUGGAUGACGAAAUAAUCGAUUUGGAGCAGAUUUAUCCUGACUCGUACAGGCAAAAUGUGACAUUAAUACCUAUGUACUGUUUUGAAGUAAAGAAAGACAUAGCCAAGGAGUGCUUAAAUAUUAUGAAAAAUUUUAUUAAUGCACAACUAUUUAACAAUUAUAAUCACCUGAAAAGAUGUAAAAAGUCGGAAGGUAAAGUACAAAUACUCGUUGGAUUUUGCUCAAAACUUCCCAACAAUUUACAUGAUAAGUUAAUACAAAUAAACAAUGGAGAAGAUAUUACAAUAAAAAAAGUAAACGUGUCCAAACAUUCACCUAUGACGAAGAAACAGUGUAUAGAAUGGUCAACACACUGGCCAGUUUAUUACAGAAAACCUACCAAUGAUUUAUAUACCUUAACAAAAGAAGAAAUAAAAAAAUAUAUAAAAUUUUUAAACAUUUCCAUAAAUAUUGGGAAAACAUUUGGUACUUGUCAAAGUGGAUGUGUAUUAACAUACAAUGAUGAAAUUAUUGCAUGUUCAGGUGAUAAUAUAAAAAAUCAUCCUUUACAACAUUCAGUUAUGUUAGCUAUUGAAGAAGUUUCCUAUAAAUUGCGUCAUAUAUGGCAGAUAAAAAAAGGAAUAACCUCCAAAAAUUGGGAAUAUUAUCAUAUUGGUAAUCCUAUAAAUAAUCCUUUAAGUAUAUUAUGCGCAUCACAAACUUCACAAGAAGAAACUAGCAAAAAAUUCAAAAGUAUAAAUAAUGAAAAAUGUUAUGACCAUGUCAGGACGAACAGUAGAAUGGUUACUAUAGAACAAAAUGGAAACACUGUAACACAUGAUAUAACUAAAGAUUACACUAAAAAUGUAGAGAUGUAUGAUGCAAUAAAUAUAGAUCAAUACCUCUGUACAAAUUGUUACGCUUACUUAAGUCAUGAACCCUGUUUUAUGUGUUCAAUGGCUAUGAUCCAUUCAAGAAUAAAAUGUGUUAUAUUUGAUGAAGUUAAUAAAGCGAAUGGCGCUUUAUUUAGUAAGGAAAAAUUACAUUGCAUAAAAAGCCUUAAUCAUCAUUUUAAGGUGUACAAAACUGUGAAGAAGAAAUUGUAA